CUGGAGUAUUUGGACAUCAGUGACAACCUGUUAAGUGAUACAGCUCUUAGCCAAAUGAUGUGCGAUGGCAAUGUGAAAUGGACUCUGGCUGGGUGGAGGCACAUCUGGUCCCGGAGCUGGAGCAGGUGGAGCCUCGUCUCCGGCUCUGCAUCCACAAGAGAGACUUUGUUCCUGGAGGCUGGAUCCUUGACAACAUCAUGGACGCUAUCGAGAAGAGUCACAGAACUCUGUUUGUCCUCUCUCAGAACUUCAUCAGGAGUGAAUGGUGCAAGUACGAGCUGGAUUACACCCAUUUUAGAUUGUUUGACCACAACGAUGACACAGUGGUGCUGAUUCUGUUGGAGCCCAUUGACAAAAAGACCGUCCCCAAAAAGUUCUGCAAGCUGCGGAGAGUCAUGAACUCCAGGACGUACCUGGAGUGGCCUGAGGAUCACGAUCAGAUCCCCGGGUUCUGGCACAGUUUGAGAACAGCGAUCAAAAAACCUGAGACUGUUAAUGAGAACGUUUUUUGACAAUGUGGAAUUCAUUUAGAGUUCUGCUUUUUUUGUUGCUUUUUUACUCUGUAACUUUUGAGAGCCUUUAUGUUUCACUAAUAGUUUGAUAAAUGUGAUAAAGCAUCAUUUUGUAAUGUCUCAAUAA